AUGGCGUUCCAGACAACCGUGAUCUCCUCACAACCUCAGCUCACACAGUACACUGUGUCCUCUGGAUUAUCAGACUGGAGUUCAAAUGUGUGUGACUGCUGUGACGACUGUGGCAUCUGUCUUUGUGCAACAUUUGUUCCAUGUAUCUUGGCCUGUAAGGUGGCUCAGGACAACGGAGACAGCUGUUGCUUGCCGUUCCUACCUGGUGCCAUGAUUGCUCUAAGGACAAGCAUGCGCAGCAGAUACAAGAUUGGUGGCUCUGUGUGUGAUGACUGGGUAGUCAUGGCCUGCCUGCCUCUGUGUGGACUGUGUCAGAUGGCACGAGAGCAAAAGAUGAGAGGAUGAGAAAGAAAAGGGAUGUUGAAUGUAAUUAACACAAAUAAAAAGAUGGAGCAUG